AUGAAGGAUGUUGGUCUUUGGACAAUUUCCAAAGUUGUUUUGAAUCACUCACAUCCUUGUUAUCCAAACCAAGCUGAGAUGCUCAAACAACACAGGGAGCUUAGCAUGUUCGUGCGUCGCACCAUUGAAACCCAUGAGGAAGUUAGAAUCAGACUGAGCAAAACCUACCAAUCAUUUGUGGCAGCAGCUGGCAGCCACCGUGAACUAGGUUUUAUAGAAAAAGAUGUAAGGAAAUACAUCACAAGGGAAGUACGGAAUAUUUCAGAAAAAGAUGAUGCCAAAGAAUUUGGGAAGUACCUAGUAAGAAUGAAAGAAACGAACCAAAAUUUCUUCUUUGAACUCAACCUUGAAGGCGAUCACUGCAUUAAACAUGUAUUAUGGGCUGAUGCAAGAAGCAAGAAUGCAUUCGAUUAUUUCGGAGAUGUGGUUUCAUUUGAUACCACAUAUAACACAAAUAGGUACAAUUUGGUUUUAGGUUCUUUUAUUGGUGUGAAUCACCACGGGCAGUCCACACUUCUUGGAUGCGCGCUGGUAAAAAAUGAGGACAUUCAAUCAUUCAAAUGGCUAUUUGAGUGUUGGCUACGUUGCAUGGGAGGGAAGGCACCAAAAGGUAUUCUUACCGAUCAAUGCGCAUCAAUUCAAAGGGCAAUUAAGCUAUGCAUGCCAACAACAAUUCAUCGCCGGUGUAUCUAG